ACUGUUUUCACUGUUGCCGUAAGCGCACCAUAAAUAGUCACCUAAAUAUCAUAAUAUAUACUAGUACAACGUUUCACGAUAAUUACUUAUCAUUAGUUUUGUCAUUUAUAUGUAUAUCAGAACGUUUUAAAUAAAUAAACACCCACUAUUGCAUCGAAGGAUUGACCUGGACAUCGGAAGGCUGACCGAUCCAUUAAGACAUUGACAGGUGGAUUGUACACAUCGAAGAAGUUAUAAUUAAAAAAAAAACAUAAUAGAAUGAUGUCCUAUUUUCUUGCCGGACUACUUUCGUUGUGUGUAGGCGUACAUGGGUAUAGUUCCGGUGCUCCUGGCGGACAAUGUAACCAAAUGGUACCCGGGCAUCGCGUUGACCCGCAGAGUGCCACUUCUCCGUACAGCAUAACUUUGUCCGCGGAAGAGUACAGUUGUCCAGACGAAGAAAUCACCGUGACAAUCAAUGGGUCAAGCUCGUUUAAGGGAUUUUUGUGUGAACCAAGAUCGAAUCCAAAUGCCUACACAACUGUUGGAACACUUGUAGCCCCUGGUGAUAUACCAACAGUGAACAAAUGUGGAACAAACGCUGCUCUUACACAUACAGAGGCCAGCGACAAAACUGCAUUGUCAUUUGUCUGGAAGUCGUCUGCGACGACAGAAAACCUUUAUAUUGUAUGCACAAUUGUGAAAGUGAAGGAAACGUUCUGGGUGAAGGAAACAUCAAACAUGAUCGCAUAUAAAUCUGGAGGCAAAUGCGGUGGUUCUAGCUCAGGGACAGGGACAGGGUCGGGAAACGGUACCGACACAGGAUCCGGCAGAGGAUCAGGUCCUGAUUCAGGGUCAGAAUCUAGUUCAUCUGGCUCAAAGAAGUGGAUGUACAUCCUCUACAGUUUAAUAUUUGCCUACAAUUUGACAAACAAAUCAUAAAUAUUUAAGUGACAGACAUUUUUUUUAUAGUUUUUAUAGAAAACGAAUAACAUAUAUUCUAAAACGUGUCUCAUUACCAUUUACCACAGCGGUAUAUCAUAACUUGUUGUGUUCACAUUGUUUUUUUUUAUAUUCUUUUAUAUUGAAGUAGAGAUGUUGUAAAUGUCACUUUGUAACUGUUCAGGAUGAUCACUUAAAAAAUGUAUACCCAAGAUUUUAUUUCGCGCAUUGAAAAGCCUGCAGCGAAAUUUUAUUUCAAAAAUUCUUACCAGAGUUGGGAAACAUUCACUGAGUGACACAGCGGUGUUUGACGGACAUUGUCGAAAGAACUGAUUCUAAAUUGAACUAGUCAAUUUAAUUAUUUUCUUUACUCUUAUCUUAUAAAUUGUUCAGAUUUAAGCACUUUUAAUAUAUGUACAUAUACUUUUAAUUCUGAUAUAAUGUCACAAUAUCUAUAUAAAUAUUUUGUUCCCUUUACUUGUAUGCUGAUAUACGUAUAUUUUGUCAAAUGAAUAAAUAAUGUUUCUUGACAAUACCAUUAAAAACUUCAAGAGAGAUAACUAGAGAAAAAA